CUCUUUCUCCUCUCUCACGUAACCAUUCUCGCCGUCACGAGGAAACAGCUGCAGCGGUCGCGAAACCAACACGUCAAUGACGCUUGCACUCGCUGGACGUCAGAGGGGAGCGGGUUUGACAAUAAGUAUCACCUUCCACGCGCGACCUUUAAGACCGUCGGAGAGUCGUCCGAACAUUUACUUUCCGAGCAGAGUGGCCGCGACUUGGGAAACGGGAGAAGACCGGGAUCCAAACGUCAUGCUCUUUCGGAUGUCCUGACUUGGCGAAUAAUUCUGUGCCGACGGUACGCGACCGCAUUUUAAUGGCGAUGCAAAAGCAGCAGCUGCCGGGGGCGGCCCCGCCUCGCAAGCAAGUGCGUCUGGCCCGGUGGUACUUCGGGGGUCUGGCAGGAUCUAUGGCUGCCUGCUUCACACACCCCCUUGACCUGCUCAAGGUGCAUUUGCAGACACAGUCGGUGGGGCGCGUCAGCCUGGUGGAGAGCACAAUGACGAUCAUCCGUCACCAGGGUGUCCUGGCCAUGUACAAUGGGCUCAGCGCGUCCAUACUGCGGCAGUUGACCUACUCAACGACACGGUUCGGCAUGUACGAGGUCAUUCGGCAGUACCUGGUUAAGCCGGGUGAGAACAUGAAGUUCUACCAGAAGAUCUUCGUUGCUGGUGUUGCGGGCGCCACUGGCGGCUUUGUCGGUACCCCUGCUGACAUGGUGAACGUCAGGAUGCAAAAUGACAUCAAGCUUCCUGUUGAAAGCCGGAGAAACUACAAGAACGCACUGGAUGGCCUCUGGCGUGUCUACCGGCAAGAAGGAGCACUCAAGCUUUUCUCAGGAGGUGGUACAGCUACAGCUAGAGCUGUGCUCAUGACUAUUGGGCAGAUCUCAUUUUAUGAGCAGAUCAAGCAAGUUCUGCUGACGACCGGAUAUUUUGGUGACAACCUAACGACUCACUUUGCAUCCAGCCUAAUGGCGGCUGGCAUUGCGACGACACUAACGCAGCCCUUGGACGUCAUGAAGACACGGAUGAUGAAUGCUAAGCCAGGCGAAUACAAGAGUAUAUUGCAUUGUGCCCUAGAAACAAAGAAAUUGGGGAUCAUGGCUUUCUUCAAGGGUUACGUCCCAGCGUUUGUGCGACUGGGCCCACACACCAUCCUGACUUGGGUCUUCCUUGAACAAAUGCGCCUCAAUUUUGGCAUUGUCCGAUUCACACACUGAUCUUGCAGCGCCUGCUUCACCAUGCUUGCGGGUCUGCGACGAGGGUGUGCUGCAUUGACUGUGUCAUCAACCACGAGCCCACCAGCAAAGUGACUCCCUGUUGACCUUGCGCUGUUGCAAAAGCACCCCUUAAAUGAUAGCAAUGUGUAAGAGCAAGGCGGUUUGGCAUCUAGGCAGGAAAUGGCUAGCUGUUUCACUUUGUUUUUUUACUUUCAUUGAUCACAUGUCGCUGCUUCCGCUCUUUGAUGCUUAGGUGAGGUUGUUGCUGCCUUCACACAUCUUAUAUUUUAUAUUCACAUUAUUUUUUGUACUGAGACUGUCAAUCCAGUUUCAACACAUUGGUAAGUUUGAAGGCGAAUAUAAAUUACUUGGAUUUAUCGCGAGCCAUGUUGUUAUGUCCAGUGCUUCGAUACAAGGAUGAUGGAUGAUAUGAGGUCCAUUCUACUGCAUUCGACUGAUGACCAGUGCUUUUGUGUUUAAGUAUUUCGCACACUCUACCAUCACCAGUCAAGUAAGAGCUAUGUAUACAUUCUAAUGUACAAUGCAUCGAUAUCAGAUUGAUGUCACAUUUGAAACAUGGGACUACUGAUACAAAUUAAAUAUUAUUUAUGGCCAUGUUGGCAGCACUACGAAGACUAGCAAAUGAUUCUUAUUUGGUCCUAACAUCAGGAUAUCAAGAGAUAAAUGUUGGAAGUAAGACUUCUAGCUUCAGGUGUUUCAAAGCAGUCCUUUCUAGACUGAGGGCCAUGUUUGAAUGUUGUCUAUGCUAUGCACAAUGUAGAAGUAAUUCUUUACGUGAAAGCUAUGAAUAGAACAUCAUUUAUUAAACUGAAGUGCAAAACUUUAUGCCAGAAUCACAAGGUUCCCUGGACUCUAUAUUUGUUUGCUCACCAUAGUAUUUUCUUUAAGGUUGUGUACUUCUGUAUUGACUAGGGCCUACCUUAGUUUAUUAAACACAUUAGAUUUCAGCAGCUAUUAUGGAGCGGACUUGUCUUAAGCCAUUGGUUGUGCUCACCACUAAUGGCCAGUGUAAUUCUCGUGGUCUGUUGCUGAUGCGUCAACGUUUUAUUUUUGCGGCCACAGCACGAGUACUAAAGCUUGGAAUUGCUUCUGUUGUCUUUAAUAUUGCACAUUGGGGUUAGGUUAUUGCGCUAAUUUCUCAAGAUCUGCAGCAUGAGGCAGUUGUGAUGAAGUUUUUGUGCAGUUAAGUUAAAUUCUACCUUCCUGGGCUUAUGCCAGAUUGACUAACCUCUGCCUUUAGCUUUGUCGCACAACACUUCCUGUGUGUAAAAGGCAGUGCUAAAUCGAAUAAGUUGAGACUGUUGAAAUGUCAUCUGGACAGAAAGGAUUGUGCUGAAUUUGGACAGACACCAUCAAGGGUGACAAAUUAUCCUUAAAACGAUAUCUCUGUCCACGCAUGAAAGCCUUGGCAAUUCAUUUUGAACAAUACUUCUGUAGGUGGCCAAAACUUCAAGUUCCUCAUUUCUUGCCUUGGUCAGAGUCUGUACUGUUACAUUGCUAGGCUGUUGCCGCUGCCGCUGCUGCUCUGGCCAAUUGCCAGCAUUUGCAUAUGCUGGCUAGCAUAUGCUACCAGCAAGCACUAGGGCUGUUGCUUAAGCUGUCUGUAUUAUUCUAAUAUGCAAAGUUCUUCAGUUAUCUUCUGCAGGGUUUAUGCCUGCACAUUAGAGUGUUCGUGCUUUGCAGAGAAGUUGUGAUGAAGCUUCUACUUCUUGUUUGACCACUGCUUUUGACACUGCUUUUGAAUGGCUCUUUUUAAAAGAGCGCUGAUGCAGGUCUUUUAAGCUGUUGAAACCCUACCACAUGGUUCUUGAACAUAAAAAGACGUAAUGAGGUAAAUACUUCCUGGGUACCAAAGCUUAAAAGGGUUCACAUUAACAUAUUUGGUGCCAUGCUGUUAUGAUUCUGAAUUCUACCUAAAAUGGCCCAAUUUAUUACUGCAGAAUCUUUUAUGAAAAGCAGUGUAGACAAUAUUUUAAGCAUUUACUUAAAAAAUCUCAGCCAUUUAUUGCAAAAGUCAACCUUAAUAUAAGCACUAUACAAGAAAAAAAAUAUAUAUCUGACAAAAAAAAAUGAAAAUUGCCAGACAAUGAAAAAGUAUCUUCGACAAGCUAAGCUUGUCCUUGGUUAUUUUUAGCGCAAAUGGGUGGAGGAACUCGGCUUGCCCAUGACACAGAAGGCGUUCAAAUAUUUAGGAAGCUUAAGUGCUUCGCAGUAUUUUUGCUAGCGUUUAGCAGCCUUGAACCUUCUUUUACUGCAAAAGAAUGAUGCCAACAGUGUAGUCAGAGUAUUCGUAUAAUAUUUUUGUCUGCGUUUUGACUCCUAUCAUCAAUGCUGCUCCAUAAUGUUAACCUGAGGCAAUCUUACGCUAUUCAUUUUCAUGUUUAGGCUAUAUUUGACUUUUUUAGGUCAUGUACUGCAAAGUAGGAGCUGAAUUCUGCACAUACCAGGUUAGUAUAAAUGUAAGCCUUUCCCCAAUGCAUGAAAUUAAAUUAUGGCAUGACAGGGAGGGGGGCUGGCAUCUUAGUUUUCCUAGGUGCGCCACAAAGUAUACCUAGGAAAUCUAAGCACCAACUUGCCCAAGAAGAAGUCCUUUUGGCGUCUUAGUUUUUGUUUUGUAACACAUUGACAAAUUUUUUUGCCUCGUAAUAUUGUUGAAACUGGUGACAGACACUGUAUUUCGCUGGCUAAUGUAUUAAAUUCCUUAUAAUCUCUCUGAAAGCUAUUUAAGUAUUUGAUUGAUUGUGCGAGUGUAUAUUGUGAUUUAUCUAGUCAGUUAUGUGGGCACAUUUAACAUUGUGGAUAGGAUCCAGGUGGCAUCUCUUCAGCACAAUGAUAAAAAGAAAGCUUUCUAUGGAGUUGCAAGUUUGUCAACACCUAAUUAAAGGUGCACUUUAUCAUCAACAAAAUCUGACUGUCACAGACAUUGUGAUUAUAUGAAAUGAAAGGGAAAUUUCUGUUUUACUAAUAUUGGGAAUAGGGCACAGUGCCAUGUUUUGGGCUACCAUGGUGUUUGAUGAAUGUACAUGACUUAAUGUUGUUUCUUGUCAAGAUGUUUAGAUAGUAACAAAUAGAUAUGAAUACUUUUAUUGAUGUGAAUUGUUUGCAAUUCCUCGCCUGCAUGCUCAAGUAUUAAAUGGAAGCUGAAGAGUAUGUUGAA